UGAAGAGGAAGGAGAGGAGUGCCAUUAUGUACUCAUUAAGAAUAUAUCUAGAUUUUUAAAUCAUUUAACAAAACGCAAAAGAAAGUUGCAUUGGUGUGAAAACUGCCUUACACCAUAUGACACACACAAAAAAUACUUGGAGCACAGGCAGCAGUGUAUCGAGCACGGCGCGCAGGCGGUGAAGAUGCCACGCCCGCAGGAUGCAACCAUGCGGUUCCAGCAGUGGGGGCACCAAAUGCAUCACGACUUCGUCAUUUACGCCGACUUUGAGAGUGUCAUCGUGCCGUACAACUCACCCUGCCCUGACCCAUCAGUCUCAUCGACAACGCGAGCAAGCCGUCACGUGCCCUGCGGGUUCUGCUAUGUGAUCGUGAAGGCCGAUGGGAGUCUGCUUAAGGAGCCAGUCCUGGAGCAUGGUGAAAAAGAUCUCGUGAAAAGGUUUUUACUGCGCCUUCAAGAGGAGGUAAAAAUCAUUACAGAGUUAAGGGGUGAAUUGUAUGAGCUGGACAUGAGUGAAGAUCAGGAAAAAGACUUUGAAAAGUCUACAAAGUGUUAUAUGUGUGGGGAUGCAGUGCCACGUCCCGGUGUAAAUAAGGUGAGAGACCAUGACUGGAGUAAACCUGUACAUAAUUUUAGAGGGGCUGCUUGUCAGUACCCGUGUAAUCUUAAUCUCAAGCGUAAAACAUACAUUCCUGUACUGAUGCAUAAUCUGAAAAACUAUGAUGGUCAUAUGGUUCUAUCAGAGAUAGGUCAACUGAGUGACGGUAGUGACAUCUCUGUUAUUCCUAGGAAUAAAGAAAAGUAUGUAAGUUUCCAGUGGGGCCUCUUGAGAUUUCUUGAUAGUCUUGGCUUUUUGAAUAGCAGCUUGGACCGAUUAGUUGCCGAUCUGACGGAUGAGGAUAUGUGUCGGCUGAAAUCUAUUUUUCCUGAUCCUGAUACCAGAGCACUGGUUAGUCGAAAAGGUGUGUACCCUUAUUCAUUUUUCGACUCUUUUGCUAAAUUUCAGGAAACGUCUUUACCUCCACCGGAAGCAUUCAAAAAUGAUCUGACAGGUGCAGAUGUAAAAGCAGAAGACUACGAGCAUGCUCUUAAUGUUUUUAAACAUUUUAAGAUGAGUACUUUGCAGGAAUUUCAUGACCUGUACCUACUUACUGAUACCCUCUUAUUAUCAGACUGUAUGGAGGCAUUUCGUAAAAUGGCCAUGGAGCACUACAAAUUAGACCCUGUACAUUUCUAUACCACCCCAGGAAUGGCAUUCUCUGCUAGCUUGUUGUUUACAAAGCAGCGCUUAGAGCUUCUGGACGAUCUUGAGACCCACCUGACUUUUGAGCAAGGGUUAAGAGGCGGGGUCGCGAGUAUACAGCACAGGUAUGUUGAGGCUAACAACCGGUACAUACCGGAAACUUUCUCAGAGUCAAAACCAUCUUCCUAUAUUAUGUAUUAUGAUGCCAAUUCUUUGUAUGCAACAGCACUCUGCUCAAAACUCCCUACAGGUGGGUUUAGACAUUUAACGGCAAGUGAAAUUAAUGAUUUUGACUCUGCUAAAAUCAGCUCUGAUUCGGAUGUAGGCUAUCUGUUUGUUGUGGAUGUCACUUACCCUAAACAUUUGCAUGAUUAUCAUAACGAUUUUCCACUAGCUCCAGAGCAUAUGAUACCUCAGUACGAGGGCUUAUCUAAAUUACAAAAGAAAAUGUUAAGAGACUUUCAGUUGUCUGACAAAAGUACAAAAAAACUUGUUCCCAAUUUGUACGAUAAGAAAAAUUAUGUUGUGUAUGCUGACACUCUCAUGUUAUAUUUAGAAUUAGGCUUAGAACUUACAAAAAUUCACCAAAUAAUUGAGUUUGAUCAGAAAGCUUGGUUAAAAGUUUCCACCCGCUGUCAGAACCAACACAUAAAGAAGAAAAAGAAACAAAAGACAAGACUUUACCUCGGCCCAAGUGGCCUUCUCAUGCAUUAG